GUUAUCUCCCCGUGUCGCUCAGCUGAGUUUUCGGUAACUGCGCUUGCGUGAUAUGUCAUUUCCAGCCAUCUUCACCAUCUAUAGCUGGGUGACGAGGAUUAUUUCUUCUUAUGGCCAACGAUCAGGCAACUAUUUUACUCCGAAGACAACUUGCUGAGUUAAACAAAAAUCCUGUCGAGGGAUUCUCAGCAGGUUUAAUCGAUGAUGAUGAUAUAUUCAAAUGGGAGGUCAUGAUAUAUGGCCCACAGGAUACUCCAUAUGAGGGAGGGUACUUUAAAGCACACCUCAUUUUCCCAAAAGAGUAUCCUCAGAAACCACCAAAGAUGACUUUCCAAUCAAGGAUGUGGCAUCCGAAUAUUGGAGAAGAUGGGAAUGUGUGUAUUUCUAUUCUGCACGAGCCUGGGGAUGAUAAAUACGGAUAUGAAACAGCAGCAGAAAGAUGGUUACCGGUGCAUACAGUAGAGACAAUUUUACUAAGUGUUAUCUCAAUGUUAGCUGACCCAAAUGAUGAAUCACCAGCUAAUGUAGAUGCUGCAAAAAUGUGGCGAGAAGAGCCCACAGAAUUUAGAAGGAGAAUAACGCAAUGUGUGAGGAAAAGCCAGGAUGAUUUGUGAUAAAGAAUAUAUUUCAGAGAUUUUUUUUUUUUGUACCAUUGAUGAAUAUAUGAGCCUGAGUUGAAUUAUCACCAUUGGGGAGUAUCAUUCGCUACCCUAACUUUGAGGAGAGAAGUUUUUUGUGCAACAAUCACUGGUAGGAGUUGAUGCCUGCUAUUCACUCCUCCUGUCUCAGGAUUUUUGAAGCAAUUAAAAUAUUACGAAAAUUGCAAGUAGAUUUUUUCACUCUGGUGUCAUGCGUAGCAGUUAAAUAGAAUAGGAAGAGCCUGGUUAUGAGUUUCUGGUGAGAUUUAAAGAAUGUAAUGGUAACUUAAAAUGCAAAUGCAGGUUAACUAUAAGUUACCACUUUAUAAUUGAAAUAACAUAUUAUGUUUGCAAGCUCAGGGCCAGGCUGGUUAAAAUGGAAUUCUUAGUUUUAACUUUUAAGGCCUAGUUCUGUUUAGCAAAUGAAAUGCAAAAGGCAUUGGUCACUGAAGGUCUACCGAGUAUGUAUACAUAGUUGUUUGCAUUGAGAUUAAGUUAAUCAGAAUUAGGCCUUCUCACUUUGAAGAUGGUAUACAAGCUGUAUGUAAGGAGUGAUUGUGAUCAUUGUUAUGCUUGAGCUUGACUGGAGUAACCUACACAUAUUAUAUAUGCAGAUCUGAGUAUGUGGUUACUUACAGUCUGCAGUAUUGGAUGAAUGUUGCGAACUUCUCAUUUUUGUGUGUGUUCCUUUAUUGACAUUGACAUAAAUAACCUCUGCUGUGCAGCUUAGCGGUGACGCCCGUGUUUGAAUGACAACUCAUUUUGUGCCACUGAAAAAAUGCAAAAAAUUUUUUAAUGUGAAAAAAACGUUUGCAUGCAUAAUUUCACGUCUUUCUAUCCUAUUAAAAUUUUAUCACAAUCUUUUUAAAAGAAGCAGUUAAAACAUUUGAUUUUCAAAUAAAACUAUUUGCUUUAUAGGACAGUCUUCAUUCUAGACUCUUGGUGAUUAUCAUGUUAACGUUGGAAUACACAAAAGUUUUGGCAUCUCGGAAAAAGAACAGCAAAAUAAGUUCUAAAUCAAGUUUAAAUGCUGUUUAAAUAUUGAAUAUAUUGUAGUUAAAAUUGAGAAAUUUCAACACCUACAUUGAUGUCAAUACAGAUUUAUGUAAUUAUCACAAGAGUUUAUCCAGGUUAGCUUCACAAGACGAUGCAGACAUUCAUUGUAUUUGAAACUAUAUUUGAAUUACAAAAAUAUAACUGAACUGUAUUGGAGCAAAAAUUUAAUGUCAGAAGUCAAAAAAAAAGAAUAUACUUUUCAGAUAUUUCUAUAAAAAAAAAACAAAAAAAAAAUGUUUUUAAUGCCUCAUUAAGCUAGUCAUGUCUCCAGCGAUGUGGAUCUUUGCUCCUGUUCAGCUAUUUCUUGUUUUAAUCCUUAAAGUCCAACAUCUCACAAAUAUUUCUUCAGUCUUUUAUUCAAGACAUUAAUCUUGACAUUAGACACAAGUAGCUAUAAUGGAUAAUUGAAAACUAGAAUAAAAUGUUUUGCUAUCACUGCCAGAGUGCUAAAUAGUGAUUUAAUUGAAGCAUUUAAUUCACACUUAGGUCAAUUUAAGCAAUUCAUCUAUUUAUUGAUAUAGAAACAUUCAUAAUUGUACUCGUUGAAAAUGUAACAGAAUUUGUCAGAAUUUAUUUGAAACUUAAAGAAAGUAGAACUGUGGAUUCAAGAAGACAACAAUACUGAUAUUGAUGUUUGUGACAACUUUUUAUGAUGUGUGUACAUAUAGAUGUGAAUAUGUGUGCUAUUUUUUCUCUUACGAUCUUGGUGUAGGAAAAACUAGGGAAUGUUUGAUAGAAAUUUUAACCAUAAAUAGUGCUACUGAUCACUUUUUAUAGAUUAAAUAUAUAUUUACCAAGUACAUUAACUUGAUGAACUUGUUUAUUAAACAUGUUUAAAAAUACACUGAGAAGAUCUUUAUAAAAAAAAAACUGUUCAUAGAUCGUUAGUGACAGGUUUUAAAGUGUUAAAUCAUUUUCAUAUCUUGCUUUCCUUUUGUGCUGUUGUGGUUGUGUCCUUGCAUUGGGCAAGACACUUUACCCUGUUCUAGAUGUCAUGGGACGGGCCUCCCAUAUAUUGUUCAGUGAGGUAGCUACCAACUACUACAAGGAGACCCUGCAUUAAAAUGGCCCAACAAACAAACAAAUUCCUUUCAUGAUAAACAUUUAAUAAGGUGGUAUAUUCUCAAAUACUUCUGCUACUAUUCUCUCAGAUAGUUUUAGUACAAAAGAAUAUUUCUGGCACUACAUCAAUUUAAAUCAUUACAGUUAUCUUUUCUCUUGAAUGAAUACAUAUUUGCAAUAAUUUUUUUUUCUGAGCCUUUAAGAGAUUUUCCAAUCAUAAUGUCUGUGUAUUUCUUAUAAAUGUUAAUUAAUCUGUCACACACUUCAUUUUCCUAAUUUCUUUUUUGAUAAGAUAUUUCGCCCUUUCUAAACAAAUGUUUAAAUGUUGUAAUUGUUCAAUUAUCAAAUUUAGAUGUUUCAACUUUUCUCAUUGUAAAAAAUUUGAUUGUGAGUUUCUAAACCAUUUUGAUAUAUCCAUUAGUUAACAGGAAUGCCCUUAUAUAGACAUAGGUGACAGUUCAAUGUUUUCUGUCAGAAUAUCUCCAAGGUUUUAAAUUAAAACAGUAAAUAAUUACUUCCAUCAGAUCUUUAUGAAGUGUAUUUACACAUUCAAAUGUUCUGCAAUACUUGUAAUGAUUGAAGUUUUUUUGUCUUUUCACAUCAUUUUAACAUUUACAAUUCAAAGGAAUUGUAAGAAUUAAAUGAGUUUGUAAUAAAGCUUCCACAGAACAGUUUCUGUAAUGGAUGAUGUAAUAACUUAAAACUAUUGUUUCUUCUUAAAAUAGUCUUUUAUCUUGGAUGUCAUGUACCUUUUAGGUAACGUAAGAUAUAUCUAUAUAGUAUAGUGCACACAGUAGAAGUCAACACAGAUAAUUGCACACUGGGUAAAACUUGUAGUAGAAGGUGUUGUAUAUGUGUCUGUGUACAAUUUAAUUAGGUUUUAAAUAUACUUUUUCUAUGAUAUAUAUUACAGUCAGGUAGAGGUUUUAGAUCUUCCUGGUCCAACAACAAGUUACUGAUUAUAAAGACAGCAACACCUACUGUAAAAUUCAUUUGCUGCAUUACUCUGACGAUUGCUGAAAAUUUGUAUUUCACAAUGACGAUUGCUGAAAAUUUGUAUUUCACAAGAAUGCAGUAAAUUGAUAAUGUCUUAUUCCAUGGUUUAUCAAUGAAGAAUCAAUCAACCAAUAUGUUUGUUAUAAUGGCCAAGGUUUCCUACAGCAGUUGAUGGUUGACAAUGACUUUUUUGCUGACUUUUGAAUUAAUUCAAUAAAAAUACUAUUAAAAUUGUAAAAGAGAUGAGAAAUCAGUAUUAAACCAAGGAAAGUUUUAUAAGAGUAACAACAUUUCUGGUGGCAUUGUUUCAAGAAAAAAAAAUCAUUGACAAGGGGAUGGGGAUAUACUGAUUGUAAUUCAAAAUAACUUCUGCUUGCGUUCAGACUCUCUUAUGGUUUAAGGUUUGUCUUAUUCACUGUUCCAUUUGAUGGUGUUUAUAGGUGAUUUAUACUUUACAAAUUAAUCUCAGGAAUUUGCUUUGUAAAAUGCUUGAUACAGAAUACUUGGUAGUAAUAGAAAAAUUUGAGACAUUUUAGAUUGACACAGUAGUAUUGAACUUCUUUGAAGGUUGCAAGAUUAAGAAUUUUUGUGUUUCUUUUCAAUUGCUUUUCUUCUGAAAAUUAAGUAAAAACAACUUAUUCCAUUCUGAAUGUUUUAUUUAUGUUAAUACUUAGACCUUGGACAGGUAUAAUUUAUGUUCACUUUAUUGCAUUUGUGUUUUUGCUUGUUCAUAGAUACAUGUUAUCUUCAUGGUGUCUCGAGUAACAUUAUUUAAAUACUUUGAUACAUUGUAAUACAACAUUGUAUUGCAGGUAAAGUGAGAGGUUUGCUAUUAAGUUGACAUGUAUUUUAAUCAGGAGCAGCAGUGCCAUCUCAUUAUCAUAUCUGGGUAUAGGUAUAUGUACGAUGUUUAGAUGAAAGGUGUGCAAUCAAACUUGUUUUUAAAGACAUUUGUCUUAUUAUGUAUCAGUCUGAUGUCUUGUUACAAUGUCAGGCACUAAAUACAGUGUCAGAUGUUUGUUACAGUGUCAGACACUAAAUACAGUAUCAGAUAUGUGUUACACUAUCAGACACUAAAUACAGUAUCAGAUGUUUGUUACAGUGUCAGACACUAAAUACAGUAUCACAUGUUUGUUACAGUGUCGGACACUAAAUACAGUAUCAGAUGUUUGUUACAGUGUCAGACACUAAAUACAGUAUCACAUGUUUGUUACAGUAUCAGACACAAAUACAGUAUCACAUGUUUGUUACUGUGUCAGACACUAAAUACAGUAUCAGAUGUUUGUUACAGUGUCAGAUAUUUGUUACAGUGUCAGACACUUAAUACAGUAUCAGAUAUUUGUUACAGUUUCAAAAAUCUGUAUUUCUAGCAUAUUUUAGAAAGGUGGGGGAAUGUUGUGCAGGUAAUGCUUUAUCUUGCAGGGGCAUUAUGUCCAGGUGAUCAUUUAAUAGGGAGAAGAGUAGGGGUGCAUUGUACAAGUACAUUUACUAGGGAGAAAGGUGGGAGUUCCUUGGACAGGUGCUAAUGCACUAGAGCUGAGGUACUCUUGGAGAGAGGGGUUGGAGGAGAAUUUAAGACACUUUGAAUGAGACAAAAAGAGGAUUCGUCGGUGAUUUGACCUAUUUGAAUGGGUAGAGUUAUGUAAAACAGAGAGAGAGAUUAGAGGUGAUUCUUCGACAGAUUUGAAUGGGUAUAGUUACUUAAGACUGAGAGGGAUUAGACUUGAAUGGUUAGAGCUACUCAAGACACUGUGAAGACAUGAUGUUACCUUACCCAUGUUUUUGAACUGUAGUAUUUUUAUAGUCAAUCAUCUUUUCCUGUACAUUUUACCAGUCCUCUUUGUUUAAACCCACAGUUGUGUAUAAUUUGGAGCUUUUUGCUGUAGAUCACUUAUAUUUAAAAAUUCUGUUGAAUUUUCUGUUGAAUUUGCAAUAAAGAUCAAUUAAAAUUUUCAAUUGUCUCGCAAUUAUGAAAAAGGAGUAAUAUGUAUACUGUAUGUACUUUUCUUAUUGUUCCAUUCUUGUUGGGAGAACAAUAACAUAAAAUAAGUACAUGUAUGUAUUAGUAACAAAGUUUUUACAGGUGAAUGGCAUUUUUUUUGUUUUGAAAAAGCUGUUUGAACUCAGUUUUUUCUUAGAAGAUUGCUAUACACUGUACUUUUGAAAAGUUAAUAGAAUCCAUCAUUAUACUGAUGAAUAUUUCAUGGAAUUAAUUGCUAUACUGAUGAAUAUGUAAGGUAAUUCAUUACUAUACAGAUGAAAAGUUCAUAGAAUCCAUCGUUCCAAUGGAAUUCAUUACUACUAGUAUAUACUGAUGAAAAGUUAAUGGAAUCAAUUGUUGUACUGAUGAAUGGUGGAUAUUUAACAGAAUUUAUCACUAUACUGAUCAAUAGUUCAUGGAAUCCAUCACUAUAAUGAUGAAGAGUAAAUAGAAAGUAUUGGUUUAUUUUUUAAGUUUAAACACAAACAAAAUGUAAAUUUGAAAUGCUGAUGUAGAUGAAUGACACUUUCAUUCCAUGAUAUUUGUUCAAAGUAUAGCAAAUUUGAGUGUGAUGUUGAAAGCAUUUUAUAAAUUCACUUGUUAAAUUUUGUGUGCAUGUGUCUAUGAAAAUGUAUUAAUCCCAUUGAAAUCAAAUAUUUAUAUGUAUUUGUGAAGCAUUUUAUAGGAUGUGAUGUUUAAGUUAUUACAACUGUUCCAGAUUGUCUAUCUUGGUACAUAAAUCCUGAUUUGAUAAUAAAGAUGUAAUACAUAAAUUUUCAAGAUUUUAGUCAAAAAUUCAAACACAUGAUCUCGGUUUAUUACGGAUUGAAUGUGCACAAAUUCACAAACAUCAGUUUAUUACGGAUUGAAUGUGCACAAAUUCACAAACAUCUAUUAAGCUGCAAACAUAUUUGUAGGGUUUUCUUUUACUUCAAUCAUUUAUACCAGUUAUACAUUUUAAAUAAGGAGUUACCAGUUAUACUUUUUAAAUAAGGAUUAUAAUAUAAAGGAUUUAUAGAAAUCACAUUCAAUUUAUCUGGUUUUAAGACCAGUAUGAAUAUUUAGAUGUUAAUGUGUGGGUGGGUAUAGAAAUAUAGCUAAAUGAACAUACUGGAGAAAUAACCAUGGUUUUAUUAUCCAUGAAAAAUGUCAAGAAUAAGUAAAAAUAAUUUCUGAAUUUUGAUGCAUGAAAUAUCCAAAUUCCGAUUCCAUAAGCGUGUCAUGUUAUAAAUGCAGCAGAACAUUAUCCUCAGCCUUUGAGUUAUUUACGUGUUGUUUUUCAUUUUCAUUGUAUCAUACGACACAAGCAUUUCAUUUUCAUUUAUUGGAGGAAUUCAAAAUAUCCAUAAUAUGUAAUCCUCAAACAUCAUCUUGAUUGCUCCAUUGUUGAUAUAUAUAUAUAUUAAAAUAAAAUAAAUAAAAAAAAUUAA